UCCAUAGAUAAAAAUACAUCUAUAUGUGACUAAGUAAAUAUACUGAGUGACGCUUUGUAUACGUCAAAUUUAUAAGUUUGUGUUUUGUCGUGGUUUUUGAGCAAAUACUUUUGAAAUGUAUAAUCGUGAGCGAAAUGGACGAGGAGGUGGAAGUGGAGGCCAUUUUCGUGGUGGUUCAGGAGGGCGUUCAACUUCUGUGAGAUCCACUGCAACUCGUUUCAGCGGUGCCAGAUCUUCUACCGAUCGUGGCAGUAGUGGCCGUAGUAGUAAUAGAGGAAGCUCUAGAGGUAGUAUGGUUCGCAAUGGAGCUCAAAAUAGAGAAUCCUUCAAAGACAAGCAGCCUGGUGAUAGAUUGCGCAAAGUUAGAUGGGACAGCUAUGAACUACAACCGUUCCGGAAGGAUUUCUAUCAACCACAUCCAAGUGUUGUUAGUAGACCUGCAGAAGUAACAGAAGUAUUUCGUAAUAAAAUGGAAAUAACUGUUAAAGGUAACAAUGUUCCCAGCCCCAAUAUAUAUUUUGAAGAAGGUAACUUUCCUGAUUAUGCUAUGUAUGAAAUAAAGAAGCAAGGAUUUGAACAACCAACAGCUAUUCAAGCUCAGGGUUGGCCAAUUGCACUCAGUGGCAGAGAUAUGGUUGGUAUAGCACAAACAGGUUCUGGUAAAACUUUGGCUUAUAUAUUACCUGCCAUAGUUCAUAUUAACCAUCAGCCGCGACUUCAAAGAAAUGAUGGACCAAUUGUUCUAGUUUUGGCACCUACUAGAGAAUUGGCACAACAAAUACAGCAAGUAGCAAAUGACUUUGGCCAAUCUGUACAUGUUAGGAACACAUGUAUAUUUGGUGGAGCACCAAAAGGCCCACAAGCAAGGGAUCUUGAGCGAGGUGUUGAGAUUGUUAUUGCAACUCCAGGUCGUUUAAUUGAUUUUCUUGAACGAAACACUACUAAUUUACGACGUUGUACUUACUUAGUAUUAGAUGAAGCAGAUAGGAUGUUAGACAUGGGUUUUGAACCUCAAAUAAGAAAGAUAAUUGAACAAAUUCGUCCAGACAGACAAGUACUUAUGUGGUCUGCUACUUGGCCAAAAGAAGUUCGCAAUCUAGCUGAAGAGUUUUUACAUAAUUAUAUUCAGAUUAAUAUAGGGUCUUUGAAUUUGGCUGCAAAUCAUAACAUAUUGCAAAUUGUUGAUGUUUGUGAUGAAUAUGAAAAACAGAACAAAUUAACAAGAUUGCUUACAGAAAUUUCUUCCGAGUCAGAAACUAAAACAAUCAUUUUUGUGGAAACAAAACGAAAAGUGGAUGAAAUAACUCAUGCAGUUUGCAGAAUGGGUUGGCGGGCAAUGAGUAUUCAUGGUGAUAAAAGUCAGCAAGAAAGAGAUUAUGUUCUAAACUCAUUUCGAAAUGGCAAAGACGGAAUCUUAGUAGCCACAGAUGUGGCUGCUCGUGGUUUAGAUGUCGAAGAUGUUAAAUUUGUGAUAAACUAUGAUUACCCAUCUAAUUCUGAGGAUUAUGUGCAUCGGAUUGGCAGAACAGGCCGUUCACAGAAAACCGGAACAGCCUACACACUAUUCACAGUACAAAAUGCAGCUAAAGCUAAUGAUUUAAUUGCUGUGUUACAAGAAGCAAAUCAGGUUGUCAACCCCCGAUUAUUUGACCUAGCAAAAGCUGGAAGUGGUUUUGGAAGAAAUAGAGGUCGAUUUUCAAAAUCUGGUGGUAUGCCUGCAAGAAGAGAUUUUGGACGCUCACAAAAUAAUAAUCGUAAUUCCAAUACAAAUUCACAGCCAUUUACGCGUGGUGGGAAUUCUCGAUAUUCAAAUGGGGGAGGUUCUAAAGAAGAAUGGAAUAGUAGAGGAAAUAAAAGCUAUAAUAAUGAUGUAUCUACAAGAUCCACCAGGAAUUCAUAUGAUCAAAAUACUAAUAAUUUUCGAGUAUCAUACACAAACACAAGCGUACCUCCCCCUCCUUUAGGAAGUUUUCCAAACCGAUCUACAAAUGGCACUUAUGGAAGUUCAACAAAUGGAGUAUACAGCAUUGGAAAUUCCGCAUCAAAAUAUUAAUU